UCAAUUUCAGAUCUAACAACAGAAACCAAAUCUACAAAGGGAGAUAUUCCACCUGCUCUUGUAGGUGCAUCUACUACUGUUAUCGGUAAUGAUCUCUAUGUUUUUGGCGGGCGAGUCGCUAGUUCACGACAAAUGACAAACCAUCUGUAUAUCCUCAAUUUGCCCACUCUUGUCUGGAUGCGACAUAUCGCGCCUCCCGAUUCAGCUCUACCUCCAUCACCGCGCUACUUCCACUCAGCUACUGCUUAUAAGAAUAGAUACAUCGUUGUCUUUGGAGGCAUGUCUAAUGUGUCCCCUACCAAUCGACGCAAACAGGCACCUAAUGACGAAAAGCUAUACGCAAUGGACGAUAUCGCCAUGUUUGAUGUCGAGACCAUGUCCUGGAUCGACAUUCAUUCUUCACCUAGUAUCUUUACUCCACAAGCCCGCUAUGCUCACUUGGCUACCAUCUGGAAUGAUGACAAGUUUGUGAUCUUUGGAGGACAGGACGCGAAUAAUCAGCAUGUAUACGAAACCAAUGUUUUUGAUCUCAAAGACUCGUCUUGGAUUCAUGGUGGCCCCAUCCAGGGUUCAUAUGAUGCUUACCGUGCAGUGGCCUUUUGUCCCUCUUCCGAAAACAUUUCCUCUUAUUAUGGUAAAUUGUCCACGCCCUUCUGGGAUCGAAGUAAUGACGAUAAACCACCCGUAUGCAUCUAUGCCAACUACAACUUUAAUGAUCUUACUCGCGAUCUCCACAGCUUCUGGCCACUUAAAUCACCGCACACAGCCGAACUUCAUCCGCAUGAAAUGACAGGUUCUCUGCUUCCACCAGGUCUCCGCUUCCCUACCGGCCAAUUGGUUGGACAAUACUUUCUUGUGUCUGGCACACUUCUUACACCUACGCAACGCGGCUAUCAUAUCUGGGCGCUCAAUCUUACCAAUCUUUCUUGGACACAUAUCGAUACAGGCAAGAUGAUGACACAGGGCUCCUGGAAUCGAGGUCUGCUCUCUGGACAGAAAUACUAUGUACUGGGUCAUAGCCAAAGAGAUCUCAAGGAGGACUAUAGUUAUCGACGAAUCAACUUUGAUCACAUUGGUAUAGUUGACCUUGAAGCAUUUGGCAUCUUUGAACUACCCAGAGCUACUUGCUCACCACUUGCUCAAGAACUGGGUCUCGCCAUGAUUGAUGAACCAACUAUAUCUGAUAUUACCAUUUGGACUUCCGAUCAGCAAUCGGUCGCUGCCAAUUCGACCAUUCUAGCAGAACGCUGGCCCGAUUUUGCUCAAUUGCUGCAGGAAGAUCAAAAUCAAGAAAAGAAAAUCUUGUAUUUCCCUGAAACACACGCAGUUACUGUUGCCUUCUUGCAAUACCUUUAUACAGAUCACGUCAUGACUGCACAGCAGCACCAACCUCAAAUCCUUGCUCGUCUCCUGGUGCUUGCCGAUAUGUACCAUAUGGACCGAUUGAGGCAGUUGACAACAUUUGCCCUGCAUCAACUCCUUACGAUCUCUACUGCUAGCUUAGUUUAUGAAACAGCCACUCUUACCUUCCAAAACGCUCUGCAGAUCAGAGCUCUUCGAGUUUUGCUCAACACUAAACGC